AUGGCCUACCUUCCGUGUACCUUGCUCUGUGGAAGUGCUGGGCCGGGGCUCUGCUGGCGCCAGGGAAGCUGCGCAGGACGGGCCGUUCAGGCGCAGCUGGACGCGGGGCGGGAGGCGCUGCUGGGGGUGUCGCGCAGGGUGGGUUCCUCGGGGCAUGAGGCGGAGGCGGGUGGAAGGAAGUUCGGGAUCGGGGCAAGGACGGGCAGGGGAGGGCGGAGGCGGCGCGCCUGCCCCGCGGCCGAGGGGCGUCUGCGUGAGUGGGCGGGCGCUGACGGGCGCUCUCUGCCGCAGCUGCUGGAGGAGAACGACCAGCUCAUCCGGUGCAUCGUGGAGUACCAGAGCAAGGGCCGCGCCACCGACUGCGUGCAGUACCAGCACAUCUUGCACAGAAACCUUAUCUAUUUAGCUACAAUUGCUGAUGCAGCUCCACCCAGCAGCCAGAAGACUGUAGACUGACUGCACCUGCGUGAACAGUGACG